GGUGCCGCAGCCUACCCCCCAGGUGCCGCAGCCUACCCCUCGAGAGCCACGGGCACCCCGUAGACAGCCCAGGCAGCAGGAACUUGAUGGUGCUGUGAUGACGGCUACUGCCGCAUACGUUCGCCAGAGCCAGUUGGAGGAAGCCAGAGUUCAAGAGGACACCCGCUUCCGCCAACAACUGCUGGAGCAAAACCGGCAGCACCACGAGGCCCACCUGCAGAGCCUGCGGCAGCACCACGAGGUCCACAUGGAGAGCCUGCGGCACCUCGGGGAGGAGGUGGCGCGAAUGCGGGAAGUGCAGUCGCAACGCCUCGAAGUGCAGCGGCAACGCCUCGAAGUGGCGCGUCGGUCGCACGAGACCAACGAGCGUCUGCUUCAGCUGCUGCUGGCUGCACUGGGGCAUGGUGGCAGCCAAGCCCCUCCCCCCUCUCAGGCCCCACAUAAUUAAAGGAUGCAAAGGUAGCAUAGGCAAGGAAUUUGUAACUUAUCUUAAAAUUUGCUGAUGUAUUAAUGAUAUGAAGGGCAAAUAUUGCUAGUUUGCAAAUAAAUAAUUGCUGAAGUCACCCUUUAAUGCAACCAUAAG